UUCAAUUUUACAGCGCAUUAAUUUUACAGAUGUUUAAUUUAAUAUAAACAUGGCUUAAUUAUUACAAUUAGCUUACUGUUUAUUAAUUAAAAGACAUAAAUUUCUUUGUUUAAUUAUAAUGUCAAUUUCUGAAAUUCAAGUGGUAUUCGUUGCUUUGGUUCUACUUCUACUAUAUUUCUAUAUAGUUAUUAUCUUAAAGAUGCUUUGGCCAUACACUUAAAAAAAAAAAAAAAAAAAAAAAAAAAAAAAAAAAAAAACCCUUUAUUUGUGUUAGUUCUUUGGAUGGCAAUGAAGACUAUGAACAUCAAACUUGUCUCUCAUGAAAUAAUCAAACCAUCAUGCCCAACUCCUAAUCAUCUUCGUUUAUUACAAGCCUCGUUGUUUGAUCACGUAAACUCGCCAACCCUUAUGCCUCUUAUCUUCUUCUUUAACUCCCAAAAAGCUAGUACCAAAAUUAGUACUAAUGAAGUCUUAUAUCGCCUCAAAGGAUCCCUACCCAACACACUAUCCAUGUUCUACCCACUUGCGGGGAGGAUGCAAGAUGCUAACUACUUCAUUUGCAACGACGAGGGUGUGCCCUAUGUACAUUCUACGGUGGACUUACUAAUGGAUGAUGUUGUUCAUAUGGCCGAGGUAUGUGAACUUGACAAAUUGUUACCAUCCUAUGGCCAAGAAGGCUUCUCCAACUUGUUGUUGGCCAUCCAAGUCAAUGUUUUUGCAUGUGGUGGGAUUGCCAUUGGGGUGAAGAUGAACCAUGUUGUAUCGGAUGCCUUUUCAUUAACGAUGUUUGUCAAAACAUGGGCAUCUAUUGCUAACAACAAUGGUAACUAUCAUCAUGCACUUCUUGGUUGCCCUAAUUUUGAGAUAUGUAAACUAUUUCCACCAUCAAAACCAAGGAAAGUAAAUGGCAUAGACGUAUUUGCCAACCAAGAUACUAGGCUGAUAAAGGAUAGGCCUAUGACCAAAUGGUUUAUGUUUCACAAAGGUAAGCUAAAUGCCCUUAAGUCAACAUUAUCGAGUUCCUCCACUAACUUGGUAUUAUCAGCUUUCAUUUGGAGUAGAAUCAAGGUAGCUUGUCAUAAAAGCGCAAAUGAUAUCCCUUAUCAAGUGUUCCAUUCAGUUAAUUUACGCCGUAAAUUAGCUCCACCUAAUGAUGAACAAUCUUACUAUUUUGGUAACAUCUUUGUUAAUGCCGUAGUCAAGUUAUCUAUGAUACAAGUGCUCAAUGAUGAUAAGAUCAAUGAUAAUAACAUAUCAAAUUGUCAACGCGACUUCUUAAACCAAAUGAACGAGUCCAUAGGAAAAGUAAUAAACAAUGAUAAGUUCAUAAGAGAGAUGCAAGAUGGCAAAGAGGACUUGAAGUUUAUAACACAGCACUUCGAAAGGGUGAGCAAAGGAGACAUCGUUGCACUCGGGUUCAGCAAUUUACGGAGCUUGCGGGUCUAUGAAGCUGAUUUUGGUUGGGGGAUGCCAAUUUGGGUUACAUCGGCAACACUAAUGUUCAAGAAUUUGGUCAUAUUAAUCCCUGCUGGUCCAUCGUCCAAUAAUAUUGUAGCUUAUAUCAACUUAAGUAGCGAGGAUAUGGCAAAACUCGAAAAUGAUAAAGAAUUUAUCGCGGUCGUGUCUAAGGCACCUCAUGCUACCACCGAGCUCUAUCAGUCUACCAACGCGAUUUCAUUUUUUUUUAUGGUCAUUUUUUCACAUGCUGUCUAGUUAAUUACUUAAUUAAGCUAUCAAAAAUUAAUUUAUUGUAUUAUAGUUGUAAGCGAGAUAAUUUCAACUACGAUUGUUUUUGCAACCUCAUGUAAAUGUCAACUAUCUUUCAAAUUAAUAAAAAUAUAAAGCCUUUCUGUUUAUAUAUUGAAAAAGCCAGCUAAAAACAAGUAUCUUCGAUGAUUUAAAAAGCAAUGUGUAAUGCUUACAUUAUUGGUUAAGGCAUACAUCAAACAGCAAAACUGAAAAAAAAAAAGGCCGUCCCUAAUCAUCAUAUAAGAUUAAUUAUAAGUUUGUAAAGAAACACAAUCUAUUACUGUACAAUAUUUGCUUACUUUCUAAUAUCCACAAAAAAAAAACAAAAAAAAAGGUAUAAAUAAUUCAAAGUAUAUAUAAUAAAUUCAAUCUAUUGUUGAAUUUGAUCUGAUAUGUGCUGUUUUGCUUACUCUCUAAUAUCCAAAACAAAGUAUAUAUAAUAAAAUAGUGGAUGUUAUUAUUUUAUUUGUUAAUAUUUUAAUAAUUGUUGAAUUUGAUUUAAUGUGUAGUUUUAUAAUACAACACACUAUGGUGCCACUUGUAAAAAAAUAAAAAAUAAAAAAUAAAAAAAUUAACCAAUGUUAUUUCUGUUUGGCUGGUCACAUCAUGUGGUCAGGGUUACUUAUUCAAGGGUUACUCAUUCAGUUAUGGGUUGC